AUGAAAAUGAUAGAAAUCCCAUUAGGUUCAUCUCAAUUAGAACCAUUAGCCAAAUUGAUUUGUUCUCUACCUCCUCAAAUUGAAGAUCAACCUUCAGAUCCCUCUGCUGUACAAGCUAUUUGUUUACUUUGGAAUGAUCCUGAUGUACAUCAAAGUUCCGAUUGUAAUGGAGAGUAUCAGCUCAGUUUUUCAUUUCUCUUGAAAAUAACUACAGCAUAUCAUUUUGAUUCUAUAGAUUGGAUCGGAAAACCAGGUUAUUUACCAAACGAUCGAGAUGUAUUAAGAUCCAGAGUCGGGAGAACUGGGAUUACUGCAACUGUCUUUGUGAUUGGUCGAUUGAAUUAUUGA